CUGUUACGGGCUACUAAAAAGGUCCUGACGGAGAUAGAGAAAGAUAAAAUGGAUUCCACGUGAACCAAUGUUACACCUCCAAAUUAUAAUCGUCAAUUCACAAGAAUUCACAAGAAUUGUCCAAAUUCAUUUAUUUCCUUCUUGGCGAAGCUUCACUGUUUUAAAAUCUCAAUAGUUUUCUGUAGAACCAAUGUCACACUGUACCAUUUAGCAAUGCUUCGUACCGUCUCGUACUUAUUCUUGAAAAAACGUCACCGCUCGUACUGAGAAUCGUCGCGCUCCUAUGUCCAUCUAUGAUAUUUCUAAGGUAUUAAUCGUUGAAUUCGUAUACCUAGCUGAGUGUCCAUAUGCGAAUUUUCUCUCUUUCUCUCUCCACGCUGCCAGGUAGGUGGACCCUGGAUAAGGGAUCCCUUUGUAACAGAGGACAAACAGCCUCAAGCCGGAUUGUCGAUCCCAGUGAACGUCUUCGUUUUCUCCAAGUUAUAUAGGAGCGACGCCACGCUCCUCGUCGUUUCUACAGUCCGGGCGAGAUUCGAAGGGGAAAUUUUACUCGAGCCUGUCGGUUUGGUAUGGGUAGUGACGCUGAUGGCAGAGUGGAUGUUAGUGGCGAGGGGACCGAUGGCAUCGAGACGCUCCUCGCUGGGAUUCUAGUGGUAACAGGGUGGAUCAGGAUGACUGGGGGAACGCAGAGACGUCGCGGAGAGGAAAGCAUUGCUGUUCUCCUGUUAUAUAUGUGCACCGUAAAGCUUCGCAUUGCACGCAAACCUCUAACCAGCUCGAAUCGAAGAUGUCCGUGGAAUCACGCAAGAGGGCAGCACCUUGUGAGUAGCCGUGAUCAGAACUCCGUAUCUACUUUACCGACCGUCAUUGUUACCAUUGGGAUUCGUUGAUUUGCAUAUUGUAUAAAAGUCAACUUGAAGCUUCUAGCGCCAUCUUAUGAAUACGAAAGCCUUUAUCGAAAUUUAAAUUUGAUGGAUACGGUAAAAUACUAUUUUUGUAUUGAAAGGAUAAGCGAUGGAGUUCUAUUGGAGUUGA